CACCAACUAUUAAGUUACCAGGUUGUCAUGUACUUAGUAAUCAUAUUUUAACUAAAGCUAGUCAAGAACUAAAUAAUACAAUACUUGAUAAAGUGCAAAAAGAUUCUGUUAGAGUUACUGCGAUAUUUGAUAGUUGGACAAAUAUUAAACGAGAACAUCUCUUUGAAGUAGUAUUAAUUAUAUCAGAUGGUGAUACUCUUAUUUAG